AUGGAUAGCCAAAGCAGCCACAUGAUGAUCAGUGAGGCCGAUGCAUUGACACUUUCGGAUCAUUCCCGUGUUGAUCAGGCAGCCGGAAACACGAAAGCCAAGAUCAAGCGCUCUGAUUUCCCCAAGGAUUUUGUCUUUGGUUCUGCCACGUCGGCUUAUCAGGUUGAAGGCGCUUGGAACACAGGUGGAAAAGGCUUGAUCCUUUCACAUGCACAAGCUGUUGACAUUUAUAGGCAAAGAUAUCAGUCACAUCAAGACGGAAAGAUAGGAGUAACGAAUGUUUCACAGUGGUUUGAGCCACUCAAUGACACCAAAGACGAUAAGGAGGCUGCUUCAAGGGGAAUCGAUUUUAUGUUGGGAUGGUUUGUAGCGCCGAUAGUAACCGGUGAUUACCCACCAACUAUGAGGGAAAGAGUUGGAGAACGUCUGCCUAAAUUUUCACCUAUACAAAAGAACGUGGUGAAGGGAUCCUAUGAUUUUUUAGGCAUAAAUUAUUACACUUCUAUUUAUGCUAGCAAUUCACCUAGGAAACCUUGUACAAACCCGAGUUAUGAAACCGACCAGGAAAUUUCAUUAUCAGAUAAACGUAACGGGGAGCUGAUUGGUCCAAAGGGCGGUUCGGAUUGGUUGAACAUUGUUCCAUAUGGAAUUUACAAGUUAUUGGUUCAUAUAAAGAAAACAUAUAAUAAUCCCAUCAUUCACAUUACAGAGAAUGGGGUGGAUGAAGUGAACAAUACGGAAGCAACAGUUUCACAAGCUCGGUUUGAUGAGACAAGAAUGAAAUAUCAUGUAGAUCAUCUCCUUUACGUUAAAAAAGCUAUGCAGGAAGGAGUGCAAGUCAAGUCUUACUACAUAUGGUCAAUGUUCGACAAUUUUGAAUGGGCCGCGGGAUAUAGUGUUAGAUUUGGCAUUUUUUAUGUAGAUUAUGUUAAUGGACAUUUGACAAGAUUUCCAAAAGCUUCUGCUAUAUGGUUAAUGAAUUUCCUGAACAAAAAGCAAAAUACAUUGAAGAGUCAAGAUCAAGAGAAGAAGAGUACGGAUUUUGAAAAGCCAAGAAGAAGUGGAGUGUAAAAUUCUCGUGUUUCAUUUUAGUUGUUAUGUUCAUUCACGAAUUCACAUGCUUUCCUCUUUUUUCCUCUUCUUCUGGCCUUCAUGUUUCUACUUUCCACUCUUUAUAUUCAAUAAAUUGACUUCUCAUG